CGCGGCUUGAAGAGGUGACGAUAUCUCACGCUUUCUGCGUUCCUUCCGCCUGGACCUCUUCUUCUUCCCCCCGCACAGGUUAGUUCGCAGCCAACCGUAGAUCCGAUAACGAGUAGAGAUUGGGAGGAAGGAUGGGAUCGGAGACGCGGGAGAUCGACGCGUUGAGGUUGGCGGUGCCGUUGGGGGGCGACGGCGAUGUCCUACACCUUGCGGCGGAUGCCGGAAGGACCGUCGGCCUCGUCCUAGUCGACAUCGUCAACGGCUUCUGCACCGUCGGCGCUGGAAAUCUCGCUCCAACCGAGCCUAAUGAACAGAUAGAAACUAUGGUGGAGGAGGCUGCUAAAUUAGCCAAGAUCUUCUCCGAUCGAAACUGGCCUAUCUUUGCUUUCCUCGACACACAUUACCCCGAUAAGCCUGAGCCUCCUUAUCCACCUCAUUGUAUAAUCGGUUCGGGCGAAGAAAACUUAGUCCCUGCUCUCGAGUGGCUGGAGAAGAGCCCAAAUCUCACUGCGAGACGGAAAGAUUGCAUCAAUGGAUUCAUUGGCUCAAUAGAGAAGGAUGGGUCCAAUGUGUUCUCAAAUUGGGUGAAAAAAUACGAGAUAAAAACUGUUUUGGUGGUAGGGAUAUGCACAGACGUCUGUGUGUUAGACUUCGUAUGCGGCACGCUCUCUGCUAGAAAUAUAGGUCUCGUUCCGCCAUUAGAAGAUGUUGUGGUGUAUUCAAAAGGCUGCGCAACAUAUGAUCUUCCAGUUCAAGUUGCAAGAAAUAUGGGUGCUUUGGCCCAUCCCCAGGAUCUUUUUCAUCAUAUGGGACUUUACAUGGCCAAGUCGCGCGGAGCGAGGAUUGUUCAUGACGUGUCUUUCGGUUCAUAGAAUGAUGGAAGUAUCCUGGCAUCCCCAAAUAAGUAAAUCCUGGCAAGGAUGGUCCUAAGGUCUUAAUAAACAUGCCGUUUACUAAUUGUGUUGAUGGUUGCUUGCUGUACUAUCAACUGACAUGUUUUGUGCCAUGGUUGGUGGCUCUGUCAUCCACCUACCUUUGUAAAUUAUAGGACACUUUUUAAAGUCAAUACUAUCAUCCAUGCUUACAAGCUUAGUUUUUUCA